GUAUGUACAUCGCUAUGAUUAGCAAGCGUUAACUUCGUGUUUUGCUCUUGAAUGCUCUAACUACUGAUACUGAAAUCCACGCGCGGAGACACCAUGAAAUAAGCAUAGAAAUGACCGUUAAAUUGCAAUUGCAAUUACUGCAAAAGCUUUGCUAACAAAACUCGAAACUUUCCGUUAUUAUUAAUUAGUAGUAACUUGAAAGUGCAGCAACUAAGAUGAAAUCUCUGAUAUUACACGUAUUUGCUCUAGGAUCUCUGCCGCUGUCUACAGUGGCACUAGUGAGUGAGAAUCGACGCUUCAUCGAAGCUGUGAACCAGUUGCGGGAGUCCAAUGGCAAGAUUCGUGGAUUUUUGCCAUUUUCGCUGCCUUUUCAUGUCUCGAUACAGGUUAAACGGGGCCGCAGCUAUAAGCAUCUGUGCGGCGGCAGCAUCAUACACGAGCAGAUCAUCUUGACUGCGGCUCACUGUUUCUACGAAAGACACCCAACGAAGUUUCUGAGCAUUGUAGCCGGUGUACACAAUUUCUCAUCGGCACCAACGCCACGCUACGCUGUUGCUCAAGUCAUCGAGCAUAAAUGGUUUAUACCACUUCGCGGACGGGACGUUGCGUUGUUGAGCCUUAAACAGCCGUUGCCUAUUGACGGUGUUACUUUGGAUACUGUGGACUAUCACGCCGGGGAGAAUAUCGAGCAAUAUAAGGAAACAUAUUUAAUUAGUUGGCGACGCAAGAAAAUGAUGGAAAUUGUGGACUUCAGGACAGUCCCAUUGACGAGUUGCCGUUGGCUGGGCUUUCCGUUGGUUACCGAAACAGACCUGUGUGCUUAUAGCCCGAGAGGGCGCGGUGCUUGUGAUGGUGACUCUGGUAGCGCUCUACUUACGGCGAAUCUAACUAAACAAGUCGGACUGUUGUCCUAUGGAAAGUCCACCUGCAGGAAUAAUAAUAUUUACGUUUAUACGGGUAUGCUGCGGCUAAUAGACUGGAUUGACGAACAAAUUGAGUAUUUGGUGGGCUCGCGGAGUACUAUGUAGUAUAUAUAUAUAUAUGUAUAGAUAGUAUAUAAAAAAUUAAUUAACUGCUGCGUCAGUGAAGGAACAUAAUAUAUUGUGCGGCGAGCGAAUACGAUAGUCUAGUUAAAGAUUUGUUUAGUGACAACAGAAGCGCCUACUUGUUGUCAUCAAUUAAGUAACAAGCACACGCGACCUAUAAAUAUUUUAUGCAUGCAUGUAUGAGUAUGAGUACGUGUAUGUGUGUAAGCGUAGCUACGGAUUAACAAAAAUCGCAAACUGAAUCAUUCUGCAUGUACACAGCCAAACAGCUUUAUCAGAUUAAAGGUAACAAGAGCAAAUAAAC